AGAAAGGUGAAAAACAAUGACAUCCUGGUGGUUAAGACAGUCACUUCAGACACCUACUGGUGUUCAUAGUGAACGCUUAAUCCAUGACACGUCCGACCGGCUGAACUGGAGUAAAACAGCUUUAUCACGUUCCUCUGCGAACACCGGGCAUGAUCGAAGUUAAAGAGCUGAAUUGUGGGAAUCGACGGAACUUGGGCGGGUCCACCCGAACGCGCAGUGAGGAAGCUGAUGACCGGACUUGCUGUUCAUACAGAGCCUGAACUUCACUGGUCCGCGCGUUUCCGGAGGUUGGUCUCGAAGAGCAUCGUAUUCUCCAGCAAGGUGACCCCAGCCCUGCAGGCUGAACACUAAAAAUGCUGCGUUCGUCAGAACCAACCAACAGCACCCUCCACCUGGUGGCCACGGAUAUGACCGACAUCAUGGAAAACCUGGACACUCGAGAACUGGAUUUUGGCGAUGGGGAAGAGGUGGACUACGACGGGAACGAUCCCAGUCAAGACCAGCGUAUUCCUUUCUCCGCCAUUUACAAGACCACAGGCUUUAAGGAACCCGACGCCAGGGUGUACGUCGGCUCCUUCCCCAUCACCGCCAAAAUCCUGGAGGUUGAGCGCUUCACCUCUGCCCAGGACCGCUUCAACCUCACCAAUCAGAGGAGCGUGUCUAAGGCGCUUCCUGCUGUGUUUAAGAUAGAGAUGAGGCACGGGAACUUCACCUGGCUGGUAAAGAGGAAGGAGAAGCACUUCAUGGAGCUGCACAGAGAGCUGCUUCGAUACAAGACCUUUCUGAGAAUCCCCCUGCCUUCCCGAAGUCACACGGUACGCAGGCAGACGAUCAGGAGGAGCGAGGCAAGGCAGAUGCCCAGCCUGCCCAGGGGCGGGGGGGAGGACCUGGUCAGAGAGGAGCAGGUGUCCAGCCGAAGGAAACAACUGGAAGACUACUUGAAUAAACUACUAAGAAUGUCCAUUUACAGAAACUACCAUGCCACUAUGGAGUUUAUCGAUGUGAGUCAGAUGUCCUUCAUUCACGAUUUGGGUCCAAAAGGCUUGGAAGGCAUGGUGCUGAAGCGGUCCGGCGGUCAUCGCAUCCCGGGGUUGAACUGCUGCGGUCACAGUGAAGUGUGCUACCGCUGGUCUAAACGUUGGCUGGUGGUCAAGGACUCCUUCCUCCUUUACAUGAAACCAGAUAGUGGUGCCAUUUCCUUUGUCCUCCUGGUGGACAAAGAAUUCAGCAUCAAGAUGGACUCCAAGGACACCGGGACUAAACACGGGGUUCGAGUCGAUAGCCUCUCCAGGGCUCUGGUGUUGAAGUGCUCGAGUUAUCGACACGCGCGCUGGUGGGGGCAGGCCAUCGAGGACUUUGUGCAGAAUCACGGGAAGGACUUCCUCCAGGAUCACCGCUUCGGCUCCUUCGCACGGGAAGAGGAGAACAUCCCGGCCAAAUGGUAUGUAAAUGGCAAGAACUACAUGCACGAUGUAGCAGAUGCAUUAGAGGAGGCCAAAGAGGAAAUCUUCAUCACCGACUGGUGGCUGAGCCCUGAGAUCUUCCUGAAGAGGCCUGUCGUGGAGGGAAACCGUUGGCGGCUAGACUGUGUUUUAAAGCGCAAGGCACAACAAGGCGUGCGGAUAUUUGUGAUGCUGUACAAGGAGGUGGAACUGGCCCUGGGGAUCAACAGUGGCUACAGUAAGAGGACACUGAUGGACCUUCACCCCAACAUCAAGGUGAUGAGGCAUCCUGACCAUGUCUCCUCCACAGUCUACCUGUGGGCACACCAUGAAAAAAUCAUUGUCAUCGACCAAUCAGUGGCCUUUGUGGGUGGGAUUGACCUGGCAUACGGUCGCUGGGACGACCGGGAGCAUCGGCUGACAGACGUGGGGAGCGUCACACGCUCGAUAACUGCGGCCGGGGAACAGUCAGGUACAGAAGCUGCCCCACCUGGUACGGGUGUGACCCCCAUCGACUCCCCCGCAGUUACCCAGAGCAACGGGCGAAACGCUGGGCCGGCGGACAUGGGAGACCAGCCCAAACUGAAAGGGGCAGGCCGGGCACGCAAGGCCCGCUUCAGCCUCUACAAGCACCUGCACAAACACGGCCUGCACCACGCAGACAGCGUCAGCAGCGUGGAGUCUGAGGAGAGUUGGUCUAACACCGUUAACAGCCAACAGAAUUUAAUCCCAGGUAGAGGGGUGGCGCUGAAGAUGACCCCGUUAUCGGGGUUGUCGCAAGCGGAGACGGGGUCCUUAAGAAGCCUGCAGACCGGUGUCGGGGAGCUGAUCGGGAACACCCGCUUCUGGCACGGCAAGGACUACUGCAACUUCGUCCACAAGGACUGGAUACAGCUGGAAAAGCCUUUUGAUGAUUUCAUUGAUAGGUACACAACUCCCAGAAUGCCCUGGCACGACAUUUCCUCAGUGGUUCAUGGGAGGGCAGCACGGGAUGUGGCGCGGCACUUCAUACAGCGCUGGAACUUCACCAAGAUCAUGAAACCGAAGUACCGCUCUCUCUCAUACCCCUACCUCCUGCCUAAGUCCCACACUACCGCCGACGAGCUGAGAUACCAGGUCCCAGACAGUGUCCAGACAAAAGUGCAGAUCUUGAGAUCUGCUGCAGACUGGUCAGCUGGUAUCAAAUACCACGAGGAGUCCAUCCACAACGCCUAUGUGCACGCCAUCACCAACAGCAAGCACUACAUUUACAUCGAGAACCAGUUCUUCAUUAGCUGUGCCGACAACCGACACGUUUUCAACAAGAUCGGAGACGCCAUUGCGCAGAGAAUCAUCAAAGCCUAUCGGGAGGGGAAGAAGUACCGUGUCUACGUGGUGACCCCUCUGCUGCCCGGGUUCGAGGGCGACAUCAACACUGGCGGGGGCAACGCCAUCCAGGCCGUCAUGCACUUCAACUACAGAACAAUGAUCAGAGGUGAUUGCUCCAUUAUUUCUCAGCUCAAGAGGGAAAUGGCUGAACAAUGGAUGAACUACAUCUCCUUCGCGGGCCUGCGGACCCACGCAGAGCUGGAGGGCCGGCUGAUGACCGAGCUCAUCUACGUCCACAGCAAGAUGCUGAUCGCCGACGACAACACUGUCAUCAUCGGCUCGGCCAACAUCAAUGACAGGAGCAUGCUGGGAAAACGUGACAGUGAGGUGGCGGUCAUCGUGGAGGACACAGAGACGGUGACAUCAGUGAUGGACGGGGAGGAGUACCAGGCAGGGAAGUUUGGCCUACAGCUACGGCUGGAGUGCUUCAGAAUGAUCCUAGGCGCCUUCACCGACCCCACCAUCGAUGUGACGGACCCCAUCAGCGACCAGUUCUACAAGGAGGUGUGGAUGGCCACGUGCGCCCGCAACGCAUCCAUCUACCAGAAGGUGUUUCGCUGCCUGCCGUCCAGCGAUGUGCGUAAUACACUGGAGCUGGAGAGCUUCCUGUCCAAACUGGGCCUGGAGAAGGAGGACCCGGUUCGAGCCGUGGAGGAGCUGAAGAAGAUCCGGGGGUUCCUGGUCCAGUUCCCCCUUUAUUUCCUGAGCGAGCAGAACCUACUGCCCUCUGUAGGGACCAAGGAAGCCAUGGUUCCCAUGGAGAUCUGGACUUGAGACUCAGGGAAGCUGGGGGGGGGGGGGCGGAUAAUGGGAGCCAGAACCAGAACCAUCUACCCUUGCCAGCUCUACACCUUGAACCCAACCUUGAACAGCAAGGCAGAAAUCUGUCUGUAGACAGGAAAAGUCUGUGGGAGCUGUUGGUUUGUGUGCCAGCUGAGAGAGACUUUAUACAGUGGGAGGGAAGAGCCUCCCAGAUGCCCGCAGUUCGGCUUGAAACAGUUUGCCACGUUCUGACAGUUUUUUUAUCUUGUAUAAUUAACAAUCUUUUUUUUUUAUCUGUUUUUUUUUGUUUUACUAAUAUUGGGGAAAACUAACACUAUGCAAGUAUAAAAUAGACAUGUGAACGUAUAGCAGAUAUUGCUGCAUGUGUAUAUUGUGUCCAUGUGUGUUGUAAAGAGCCUUUUUUUAAAGACAAAGGACUGUUUCCAGUUUAAGAGAGAAUGAAAUCAGUGGGAUCAGGGAACCUAAGCUACGAUGUCCAUGUCGCUUGUUUGCCUUUAAUACCCUUGUGUCAUAUGCAACUCUAUUCUGUGGAACAAUAUUGCCUGAAAGGAAAAUAUGAAUUCAAUGUUUUCUCUCGAAUAGCUUAGUGUUGCUACAGCACUGGGCCCCAGCCUUAGUCCUAGGUUCACACCACGAGUUGGUUCUCACUCCAGCCAGGCCCUCAUUUAAUGUUACACUGUGUUGUUAAUUCAGUACUGAACUGGAUUUGAUAUAACUUAACAAGUAUUUUCUUUUAAAACUGUUAUAAUAAUUUUUAAGGGAUAUGUAUUUUGGAAGGGUGUUGUUCAAGACCAAGAAAAACAUGAAGCAUGCUUAACUCGAAUGAAAGGAUAGAAGCCAAGUUACUUGCCUUUGUGAAUUUAAAAUUCAUAAAAAUAAGUAUGCAAUGAUACUGACCAAAUAGUUUGAACAGUGAAUUUAACAACUGAGCUUAAAUAAAUCUGUUCAACCAAAUUAUGGAUAAACACCUAUGUUUAAUUUAGCACACACACAUUCAUAUUUCAGCACAUUCACAAACUAUUUUUCUAUUAUGUUUAGAGUGUAGGGACAAAAAUCUGCAUAUAAUUUGUUGCUUGUUCAAAUCCACUCAAUUGAUAGCUCAGUUGGGAGAAAAACCACUGCACACAAUGUGUCCAAAAACCAGGGUAAGGGGACGUAGGGCUACGUAACACAAACUACACUAUCGGACCUGUCCAUCCUCUGGGUGCCUUGUGAAGCUAAUAGACACGCUGCAUUACACUCAUUCUGUAAGCCAUCUAUAAAACCAGGCUUUUUUUUCCCGGUUGAGCAGCGUAGCUCAGUAGUUCUUCAAGCCAUAAAACAACAUUUGAAGUAUUGUCACUUGGUUUUAAUAGCCAAUCAGUAGUAAGGGCAGACAAUCUGAUUACUCAGCGCUGAGGGCAGCAUCUUCCCAGGAGCCAAUGGCUAUCAACACUGUCAUAGUCACGUAGGGCCUAAGUGCAAAGCUGUUGUUUGAUAUGCAUUUCAUUGUGGAAUCCAGGGAGGCACUUCACCACCAUCACCCCACAUGAGUGUGUCUACAGUAUGUCUUAUUGUCUGUGCUUCAGGGUGCCCCUGGUUCAAUUUUGGACCAAACUUUUAUUACCUGUUGGCCACUGCUGUUAAUUUGACAUCACUUGUUUCCAAUGCACUGCAGUUUUUUGCACAUCAAAGAGAAAACUUGUUUUUGUUCAUGUUGCUAAUUGUGCACGGUGAGGAAAUGUAAGCAAUUAAACAUACUUGAUUUUCA